GUGCGAGGAAAGUCUGCUGACCUUCUCCAGCACAUAUUGGAGGAGGGUAUAGACCUCUCUGUGAUCACUAAAACUUGGCUACACCCGGAGGGUGAUGACAUUGUCAGGGGAGUAUUGCUUCAAGGUGGUUACAGCUUCGAUGAUGUCCCGAGACCCGACCGUAAAGGUGGAGGAUUUGUCCUAUUAUACAGAAACAAUCUCAAAGUGUCAAAAUGCCCAGCAAAAACCCUUCAGUCCUUUGAAUCUACUGAAUGGAAAGUAUGUAGUCAAUCGUUCAUCCUUUACAUCUUUGGAAUAUAUAGACUGCUGUAUUCGGCGAGACAUCUAGCGACUCAGGCUAUGUUCAUGACAUAAUUCACUGAGUUUCUUGAAAAAAUAACUACCAGAUCUGAGUCUCUGGUGCUGUUAGGUGACUUUAACAUCCACAUGGAAAAGAAGUUGAUUGCUACACCAAACAAUUCCAGCAGUGUUUGAAAUCUUUUGGACUGAAUCAACAUGUCAAUGCUCCAACACAUUCUGGUGGUCAUAUUCUUGACCUGAUGAUCACAAAGCUAGAAGUCAAACGUGUGAAUGUCUCAGAACCUUUGUCAGACUAUAACAUCUCUGGCCACUGCUUUGUUAGUUGUAACAUUGAACAGUGUCGUCCUCCCUUGAUCAGGAAAGAAAUCAAAUCUCGCAAUUGGAAAUCUUUAUCCAGUGACAUAAUUUUCACAAGCAGAAUUCGGACAAUUAAACAACAUUGUAGUGAGCUCGUCCAAUGUCAAUGAUCUUGUGUCUGAAAUCACAAGAAUCAUGCCAGACAUUGUUCAGAAACUUGCCCCUCUAAAGAAGAGAACUAUUCUCUGUAGACCGACAGUUCCUUGGCACUCAGGGUACUUAAAACAGCUGAAACAGCACAAACUGAAAUAGUACAAACGAUCAAUAGAGAAAAUCUUUAUGAAUGACAAAUCUGACCUGUCAAAGUAAGUAUAUAGUGGUGAAAGAAACAUAUAUAGUGCUGAACUUUCUAGGGCCAAGGAUGAGUACUACCAGAACAAUAUUGGAAAAGCAGAAGGAAACAUCAAAAAGCUAUAUGCUGUAACAUCAGAUUUACUGGCACGGUCGAAGGACAAUCCUCUUCCAUUACACACAAGUGCAGUAUCUUUGGCAAAUGACUUUCUAAGAUACUUUGCCGAUAAAAUAAUCAAGUUGAGAAAUGAUCUUGAGAAUAUACCAUUUGAAACACACAGCAAUGGUAAUUCUUCCUUCCACUUGUUCUUUUUUCCUACCGGAAUCCACCUGUGAUUAUGGAUACAUUUACUGCGUUCAAACCACUUUCCGAAAAUGAUAUUGUUAACAUGGUGUGAUUCCAACUAAAAAUUCACAACUUGCUCCCGUUGUGACAGAAAUUGUAAAUUGAUCAUUGCUAUCUGGUGAGUUCCCUGAGGAGAGGAGUGGAAAAGUGCUGUGAUUAAACCUUUUUUGAAGAAGAAAGGUCUCCCACUGGAACUGCAUACCUAUCUCCGGUAUCAAACUUUACAUUCCUCUCCAAAAUUCUUGAAAAAGCUGCACUAAACCAAAUCAAUAAGCAUAUUGAAGCUAACGAUCUCCUCCCAGCUUACCAAAUUGCUUAUAGAAAAUAUCACCGGGUUGAAACAGCGAUGGUCAAAAUGUAUAAUGAUCUUCUGGAAACCAUAGAUAAAAAUCAAGUAACAAUCGUGGUCAUGAUCGACUUGAGUGCAGCGUUCGAUGCCAUCGAUAUCCCGAUACUGAUUCAAAUCCUUCAAGAUGAAUUUGGUAUACAUAGCACUCCUUUGAAAUGGAUAGAAUUUUAUCUCAUGAACAGAACAAUGAAAGUAUUAGUAGAACAGUCAGCAUUUGACACGGACAAACUGAGGUUCGGUGUCCCGCAAGUUUUUGUGCUUGACCAUUGAUCUUUACACUGUAUAUAUAUCGGCUCUCAACCGAGUGGUGCAGAAAUAUCCAAACGAUUUCUAUAGAUACGCGGAUGACACAAGACUGCGUUAAAAAUUCAAGUGGGAAACCCCAAAAUGAGACAACUGUUCUUCGACAACUUGACAGUUGUCUCAAUGAAAUCACAAAAUGAUGACAACCUUAAAACUGAAAAUGAAUCGGUUUAACAGUCUAAAACUGAAAUAAUUAUGUAUGGAACCAGACAACAGUUAGCAAAAUUGAUUAUCACAAGUGUAAACGUUGGUGGGUGUGACGUGAAAUGCGUCUAUCAUGUCAGAGAUCUGGGUGUAACCAUGACCAAUACACUCAACUUUGACCAUCUCAUCCAGAAAAAGUGUCAGCUAGCUUAUGUGCAGUUACGAAACCUUAGAGCUAUACGGAAACAUCUCCACCAAACUGAAUCAUAAGUGCAUGGAUUGGUUCAUUCUCGCAUUGACUUCUGCAACGGUUUAUUUACUGAAAUUCUAGCCUACCAAAUCAACAAACUACAGCGAGGCCAAAAUCAUGCCGCUAGAGUAGUCAUAAAUGCUUCCUAUGAAUAACCAUGUGCUGAACUUCUGAAAGAAUUACACUGGCUUCCAGUUAAGACUAGAGUCAUAUUCAAAGUUCUAGUAAUAGUCUUCCGUGUCAUCAACUGUACAGCUCCAGUAUAUCUGAGGGAAAUGUUUGUACCUAUUCGGCAACGGUACAGACGACGAACACAAAGUGAGACUAACUCUAACAUCCCUAGAUGGCAAACAAAAUUAGCAGACAGAUCUACGGCCGUCGUUGGUCCAAAAUGGUGGAACGAUCUACCAAGCUAUCUGGAAGACAUUAAGUCUGAAACCAGCUUUAGAUCAAAACUGAAAACACAUUUGUUCAGUCAGUUUCACGAACAAUGAAUAUUCUCUCGUUAAAUACAAAAUAUCAGUAGUGGUAUAAAAAUAGUAUUCAUUUAUGUCUAAAUCUGAGUUCUAGAAUCCUGUUAAUAUUUUGAAUGUAUAUGUUUUAAAUGUGUAUUAUGUUAUUGUAAAGCAAUUUUUUUAAAAACAUUUUGCGCUAUAUAAAUGCCAUGUAUUUGUAUUUGUUUCCAUUGUAAUCCACCGAUUAUGUGAUAUUUACAGACAUAAUAACUAUUAACGGAAUUCAACAUUUUGGUUACAUGUUUCUAGUUUUCGUACCAAGUGCAAAUUUGCUUAGAGGUAAGGCAUACUUAUUAUGCCGCACAGAACUUUUACCGUGUGGGAUUGAAACAACGACAGCAGUAAAAUUUCUUUUUUCUUUUUACAUUUCUACGUGCGUUUAUCGCAACGAAAGAGAACUAUCUGAAGCCAGUAUUGCAGAUGAAACACUUUAGUUUCAUGUCAAAGACCAUGUAACUUAAAUGUAUACAUGAUGAUGUGUGCAUAAACAUAUAAAUAGAAAGUUAGUAAUGAAGUUAUGCCAUAUAAAGACAUGUAUUAAAAUGCAUUUCUACAAAGAAAUAUAUGGGAACAGGUAAAGGAAAAACUAUAAGAUUAAUUUGAAAUCAAACUUCAUGACGAUUAAAGCUCAUAAAAAAGAGGAAGUGUUGAUUUUCUACUGUUCUCUGCAUCUUUUUCUGCCAUAAAUUUACUGAGAAGUUAUAAUGAAAGACAUACUCAAAUUUACUUGUCAAAUAAUGAAGCGGUUAUUAAUGUUUUAUCAAUUUUCGUGAAAUAGACGAGGCCUCGCCUAUUUACGGUUGGGAUUGCAUCUACCGCCUCGGCGAUGCGUGAAGAGAUAAUGUGUCUAUCACGUUCGUUUGCCUAGAUCUUUAAUUGGUACUUAAAUCAUAAAGAGUUUGGGCGUUGUAGCCUUGAAGCAAAUGUUAUAGGGUUAACAAGGGAGUUUGUAUGCGAUAGACGCACGUAUAAGGUGGAGCUGAAAAUUAAUCAAAAUGAAAAAGAUAGUAUCUAAUUUACACGAAGUAUUGAAUGAAGCUUAUAACAUAGUGCGCUUAUCAGAUUUGAUACAGCUGGGCGUCUUCAGUUUGAUUUGAGAUUUUUUAUUGAUCCAUGCGACAAUUGUUUUUGUAUGUGCGCACACUGUCUAUGUGAUGUGCGUAUGUGAGCAGUCGAGCGAAGAGAGUUGUAUCUUAGACUGUGGUUUAUGUUGGACUCUGUCUUCUCUUUUACUGUUGGUCGCGUCCAAAAUAAUUCAGUAAUUGUUUUACCUACUAAUUAUAUAUAUUUCCAUUUGUAUUUCAGGGGAAGCUGAACAUAACAUCUUCAAAGAAAACAAGAAUUCAUACUCUGCAAUUCAGGAAUUGCAAAGGAAAUAUUCUGCAAGUCAGAAACUGUAAAAGCAGUAUUCAACACGUUGAGUUGGCUUACAUUUUACUAACGGUUUCAGUUGAAAACAUUCAAAGGUCGUACCUACAUUUGCAGCUAGACAGAUCUUCAUUGCAGAAGGAUUCAAAUGGUGGAGAUGAAGUCAUUGAGUACCACUGUAUGCCUACUGGUUAUACUGUUUGCUGAAAGCAAAUCUCAGUCCUCCACUUCUAGUCAAACUUUACUACUGGGUGAUGACAACUCCAUCUAUAUGCCUGCCACCUCAUCAUAUUCUGAUGAUAACGAAAUAUACGGUUCGGGUGACGAUACCGAAUCCUUUACAAACAGUGCAACCUCGUUUUCAGUUCAACCAUCUUCUACUGUGAUGCCAUCUUCAUAUUCUUCAAGUACUAUUUUUUCGUCCGAAAUGUCGAUGACAUUUAGUUUGUCAGAUACAUCAUCAACGGCGACACCAACAGCACAAUUUACGUCAUCUCCUUCAUCAUCACCUUUAUCUUCUUCAUCAUCACAGUUUACACAAUUCUCAACUACAUCAACAUCAAUGUCUGCUACGGCACAGUCAUCAACUACAUCAACAACAACGUCUGCUACGACACAGAGAGGUCAACAACAAGCAAAUGUGGCUAUAACCUUGGCAAGUCCUCCCAUGAAUCAGAGAGAUGAGUUUGAAGCUGAUACUCUAAGAGGGUUACAAGCAUAUUACAGAAGACAGAUGGGAGAACACACACACUUCAAAUCGCUGGUUGUCGCCAAUUUUAUGUAUUGGAAUUAUACAAACCCAGCGGGACAAAUAAGUACCAGGGUGACAGUCAACUACACAGUAUUUCUUGAUAACACUACGGAGGCUAUGGGAGAGUUUGCAGAAGCUCAUGGUGAACUUAUAACAUCUGAACAUUUCACCGCUCUAGGGACAAACCAAGUAGUGUUAGAAACAACUCUUCUAGGAGAAACUUAUUCCAGAUCAGGUGUGGCUGGAUUGAGAAAUGUAUCCUGUAACAUCUUUGAGAAUUCAAUAAACGGAUGUCCCGCAGAUACAGAUUGUGAAGUAGAGGAUGAUACAACAAGAUGUGUACCCCGAAACAGAGGUCAACAACAAGCAAAUGUGGCUAUAACCUUGGCAAGUCCUCCCAUGAAUCAGAGAGAUGAGUUUGAAGCUGAUACUUUAAGAGGGUUACAAGCAUAUUACAGAAGACAGAUGGGAGAACACACACACUUCAAAUCGCUGGUUAUCGCCAAUUUUAUGUAUUGGAAUUAUACAAACCCAGCGGGACAAAUAAGUACCAGGGUCACAGUCAACUACACAGUAUUUCUUGAUAACACUACGGAGGCUAUGGGAGAGUUUGCAGAAGCACACGGAGAACUUAUAACAUCUGAACAUUUCACCGCUCUAGGGACAAACCAAGUAGUGUUAGAAACAACUCUUUUAGGAGAAACUUAUUCCAGAUCAGGUGUGACUGGAUUGAGAGAUGUAUCCUGUAACAUCUUUGAGAAUUCAAUUAACGGAUGUCCUGCUGAUACAGAUUGUGAAGUAGAGGAUGAUACAACAAGAUGUGUACCACGAAACAGACGCGAUGACUGGGCAUUUAAAGUUGGUUUAGGAGUAGGAAUACCGCUCUUUGCUCUGUUGUGUGGUAUUAUUUGUUGUUGCUGUUAUAUAUGCCUGGCCAGGCGAAGAAGACGGCCAGUAGAACGAGAUGAUGAAUCGUCUAUUAAGAGCGUGUUCGUCUUAAGAAGAGUGAUACCAGUCAGGUUCUACACAGUAGGGCGAAAUUGGCCUUUAUAUGGGUCGUACUAUAUGGAAUCACAGCCACCAAGUACAACUUGGCCUAACCCUGAAACACGGAGUGUCACCGAUAGCGACGUGUCAGCUGAGGAUUCUAAUGAUACAGAAGAAGAUGAUUCAACACACAGUGGUUUUCAUUUCGGUGAGCCUCAGCUUGGUCGCAGACAGCUUUGAAGACAUAAAUUCUUACCAAAGAUACCGUCCAUAGUGAAUUAUCGGCCAAGAAGGGAGACAAGACAAAGCAAACGAUAGUGUAAUUUCCUCUUCAAAGUUAUGCUCCUUUGUCAACUGUGAUAAUAUAGUGUUGCUAAUAAGUGAAUGGCCAUUGUCAUUGAUAAACACUAUUGAAUUUUACAUGUACACGCAACGGCAUGAUGUUGAAAAUAAGUGGAAAAAUUUGAAGAGAAGUAGAUGUACUUGAGUCAUAUGUUUAUUAAAUUUCAAUUGACAUUAUCUAUGAAAUAACAACCUAUCCUUGCAUCCUUUUACCUUGAUGAUAUGAUGGACUUAAGGUAAAAUAAUCUUGAUUGGACUAAUUGUGUUUACUCAAGAAAUAAUGUAUCCCACGCAGUGAUUUGUGAUUUGUCUUUGAAUAAAAUCGUUAUUUGGAAUUCAGAUGAGAACAAAUUGUAUCACAAGGGCGUGGCCCGAUAAUACGCAUUUGAACGACAACAAUGCCUUUAUUUAAGAAAACAUCACUGUUUGAGAUUAAUCAUUUUGAAUCAAACAUGAUAUCCGAGAUUAUCAUCUACAUUCUUGACGAAAUGCACAAAAUAUAUAUCUGUAUUGUGUUGUUUUCUUUCCCAGUGCACCGCUAUGACGUUUGACGCUUUGACGUCAUAAUUGUGACAUACAAACGGUGAUGUUUUGCAUAAUAACAUAGUAUCAGUAUUCAUUGUUCAAUAGGAAAAUAAAUCGGGUUUUGUUGGAAUUUUGAACAAUAAAGGUUAAUAAUGAUUGUAGUGCUGCUUGCUUAAUAGAUAUUUAUAUUAAGGAAGCAAAUGGCAAUGUAAUAAGAUAUCACAUUCAAUUUAGAAUAGGGCUAGCAUGAAUGGCGUAGAAAUGCAACAAGUAGUUCAUAAAGGAUGAAUUAUUUAUUUUGAAUUUUAAUGUAAAAAUGUAAUAAUCAUGAUGUUACGGGUCAAAAAUAUAUAAAAUUGAAAACCUA